AUGCAGAUUAACAUUGAGGGUGCAGCAGUGGAUGCGGCUAUGUGUGUAUGUACUGGUGGUGGUAUAGUUGGUAGUGGCUGGGCACGACGUCACCUCACUGGAGCAAGUGAAUUAGCCCGCUUACGUCAGAGCGCCGUCGGCUGCGUACCGUUAGUUAGUUGGACAAGCCAUAACGAGAAGUAUAAUGUGUUUAGUUUGUGCGAACACAAUCGCAGUCAAUGUCACUCGUCGUAUUGUGUCGCGCUCUCGACACCUGAAGGCUGCGAGGUGACGACGCACUCUUUUAUUGUUAGCGCUGUUAAGUAUUACGUGUAUUGUGUCUUUGUCACUCCGCUGGCUGUGCUACGCUCCGCGCCCCGACAUCGAUGCAGCGUCCGUGGAGAUGAGCGUUGCGUGCGUGCUGUGGGCGAGGCCGCGCCGCGCAGUCUGUCUCGCUCGCGCACCCUGGCGCCCCCUCUGCCCGUCCCGCUCGCUCCCUCCCUGCUGUCGCGCGCUGUGAGUAUGGCGGCGCGCCCUCUUCGCCGCGCGCGCAGCCCUCGCGCUCCUAUCUCUACGUUCCUCUACUUCUCCUUCCUCACUGGCUUUCCCUUCGCCUUCAGCUCGGACUGGAGUAGCACCGAUGUCCCGGCGCCGGUCGACGCAGCCGAGCUGGUCCGAGAUGCACCUCUCUACCCCGUGCUAAGAGACGAGCACAACUCACCAGGCAGUAACAUCUUCACUGACGUAUCACCCAACAAUAAUAUCGACACUGAAAUUAUACCCGACAAUGACCCAGCCCCCGCUAUCAGUAGUGAUGCUAAUAGCACACCCGACAAUAGUGUUGCACCUGGUACUAAUAUCCUUCCCGACAAUCAUCUAGCUCCCGACACUACAUCCGAUGCAGCAGAGACUGAACACGCAACGAACGUACAAAACAAUGAAGAGACUAGAGUUAAGCGUAGUGCAGGACAAGAACAUGAUCGAACACACAAAUCAACUAGCAGCAGCGAACGUCGUGUGAAAACUGGUGACACAAUACUGAACAUUCGUGGCGCCGUACGUGAUGCAAUCGGUGACGCAGGCGCAGCACCAGGACCGCGAGCAUCCUCGAGGCUUGACACAUUUGUAAUAAGACCUUCGCAGGCACAACAUGCACCGAGGAGCCCGCCCAGGCAAGAGUCGAGACAUCAACACACUCCACCACAGGCGACAAAGUUGGAACGAGAAUUGCUUGUGGAAGCGCACUCAGUGGCGCGUAUUUCCUGCGAGAUCAGCAAUGGGAGUGACGUGCGCUGGUACAAAGAUGGAGAGUCACUAAAUCUGCCUGCAACACCCCCAAGUACCGCCUCGGCAGCGUCUGCUGGUGGCGAGGGUGUGUGGCUUGAUAAUGGCACACUGGUGGUUGGACGAGCGACGAGAGGUGAUGCUGCCGCCUGGCGAUGUACACACAAAGACGAAAAGGGAAAUACAGUCUCGGGCAAACCUACACGACUGCUUAUUUAUGAACCAGUGCGGUCCGUAUACCUAGCGGUGGACGGUCGUCGUCUUGACGCGGGCAACACCUGGGUCCCUGUCAGGGACAAGACCGAGCUCGAAGUGCGCUGCGUCGCUGAAGGUGGAGUGCCCCCACCCGACCUAACGUGGCGGUUAUUAGCCCUGGAACCAGCGCUUGAUCAUCGACCCUACCUCAGGAUACAUCACACGAACUACUCUAUAGAGGGUGUGUCGGUGUCUCACGCGGUGGUGACUGCUGCACGAGAACUACACAACGCGACCCUCAUGUGUGAGGCCCGGCAGCGCACACCAGCCCGUUCCAGCGCACCUGCCGCGUCGCCGGCGAGCCCCUCACAGCCGGCACCAUCAGCACCGAAGAGCGCGUCCUUGAAUGGACCCUUGCAUGUGAUGGCGGCCAAGCUUGAGAUUCAUGUUACUUACGAAGACGUGUUUCAUCAUCAUCUGCGCCAAAAAUCCCAACAUCAAAAAAGUCAGUGCCUACAAGCCAUUUACAAUACGUGGCUAUGGUGUAACUUCUUGAAAGAUUGGAAUACUGGGGGCUCAAGCAGCCAACCAACUGUGGCUCCUCCUUUACCAGCAUCUGAGGUUCAUUCUCAGUCUUCUCCAGUCACCGCAGUGGCGAGGAGUGGAAAUCCUCCAUCAUUCGUGAUAUCGCGCUGGCCAGGAUUCGGCGUGUCUCUGUCUGCUGGCGGAGCCGCGGCGUUGCGCUGUGACGUAGACGCCAAUCCCCCAGCGAGAGCCUGGUGGCUCAGAGACGAUGCCAACCCUACGAGUUCUCCUCCCCCACUGGAAGCUGGUGACGAGGCAGCUCGGGGCUCGGCCACACUGCGUUGGGCUGCAUUGCGGGGUUCCCACGCGGGCUGGUACCGCUGCAGGGCCACCUGGCUAGACACGGAGUACUCCUCUAUUGGAUAUUAUCUCAAUGUUAUUUCGGCACCAGAGGAAAUCACAGAAACGGUAACAGAAACAGAGCAAGAAGAAGAGGAGCCAGACCAUCAGAAAGUGGAAGUACCUCUAGGAGGGAAUGUGCAACUACACUGCCCGAAGGAUGGUUUACCUUCAUCAGGCACCGUUGGCUGCUGGUGGCGGCGCGUGGUAGGCAACUCCAGCGAGUCGUGGGCGCCAGCCGGCUCGCACCAUGCUCACGGAGUCUUGGGUAUAAAAGACGCGCUGUACCAGGAAGGCGGCGAGUACCGGUGCGUCGGAGCGCGAGGCCCAGAUCUGAUGAGGCUGCGGGAGCUCAAACGAGUCACCCUCAAAGUUACCGGUGGUGCGACCGCCACAGCCCUGAGCGCGACGCCGUGGCGCGGCGGGUGGCGGCUGGAGUGCGGCGCGUGCGGGCGCGGCGUGCGCGUGCUGUGGCUGCGGGGCGGGGGCGCGGGCGGCGCGCUGCCCGCCGCGCUCGCGCCCGACCUGCCGCAGCACUGCUGGCGCGCCGUGCUGCACGUCGCCGAGCCCGACGAGGUGUGGUGCGUAGCAGCGGCCCCGGCGGGCGGCGCGGUGGCGGUGUUCCCGCGCCGCGCCGCGCCCGUGUCCCCGGCGCCCGCGCGCCACACCGUGCGCGCGCUGCACAACGCGAGCUGUGCGCUCCGCCACCGCUCCUACUUGCUGCUCCUCAUCAAUGUCUAUUUAUUUAUUAAGUGCGACAUCAGCUACUCCAUGCGAUACUGA